UUUCCUUUUCAAUUUAUAUACUCCUAUAUAUCAGUAAAAUCAAAUCCCAAAAACUUCCAUUAUUUUCUGCUCAUUUUUUCCUACGCGACCAUUGAAAUUUUCGAAACUCAAUUAAAUUGUUUUCCCUAGGCUUUUUAGCCGGAUCUCGGCUUACUUUUCGAUUAAAAAGUUAAAAAUCCUUGUUUUUUUUUUUUUCGAUUUUCGUAUUUGAUUUUUUCUACCGUAAAUCAAUUAGGGUUCGUGCCCUCCUGUUCUUUCCUCUUCCCCUCGAUCUGGUAAUCUGGUUUCAGUUUUUCUUUUCCAAAAUUUCGCUUUCCGUUUAGGGUUCACUGGUUUUUUUUCUCGUUUUUUAGGGUUGGUAAAAGUCUGGGUUUUUUUUUUUCUUUUAGGGUUUUCACAAAUUUUCGAAGCUCACAUUGAAAAUAUCGAAAAAAUUUACCAAAUUUUCGAAACUGAAAAUCUGAGCAAAUUGAUCCUAGUUUUUCAUAACAAGAAACUGAUUUCCAGUAUCUUUUCCAUGCUUUUAAGCAGGAUCUCGCGUUACUUUCUGAAAAUUUUUUGGUCUCUUUUUAGUUUUUAGCGUUUAUUUUUUCUCUGCAAAUUAGGUUUCCUGUCCAUCUGUUCUUCCUUCUUCUCUUUGAUCAGGUUUCAGUUACUCAUCCUACUAAAGUUUCAAUUUUUUUUAAGAAUUCCGUAUUUGAAUUUCGUUUCCUGUCUAGGGUUUUAGGGUUUAUGGUUUGAAAAAAUCGACUAUGGAAACGUACGGUACAGUUACUGGUAGCGACGGCGGUGGCGGUGGUACUACUGGUGUUGUACAUAACAACAACAUGAACUUAUCUUUCACCAAUGCCGAUGGCGCGGCGGUGUACAAGCCCGUGAUUCCGCCGUCCUCCGCUCCGGCGACGCCUACACAGGCCUACCAAGCCGGUGGCAGUGGCAACGGCUCUGCUGUGGCGGCGACCGCCCCCACGGCGGGAGAACAGACCAAGCGGAAACGAGGGAGGCCUAGGAAGUACCCUGUUGAUGGUACCGUGACUCCACGCUUGGCACCACCUCCACAGCCACGGGCAGAGGCAGCGUUGUUGUCUCCUGCUCCGUUGGCAGCCGUUGCUCCUACGUCAGGUCCCGGGAAGAAGGCAAGGGGCAGGCCACGUGGUUCUGGGAAUAAAAUUAAACAGCAUGGGAAUAGACAGCAUGUUGCUCCUCUGGUUAGCCAGGGUGCAGGGUGGUCACCAGGGGUUGGGUUUAUGCCACAUGUCAUCACAAUUGCAGCUGGAGAGGAUGUGUCUUCCAAAAUAAUGUCAUUUUCUCAAAGUGGCUCACAAGCUAUCAGCAUUCUUUCAGCCAAUGGUACCAUAUCUAAUGUAACGCUCCGUCAAGCAGCAACAUUGGGUGGAAGUGUAACGUAUGAGGGACGCUUUGAGAUCCUCUCUCUUUCUGGUUCAUAUAUGGUCUCAGAAAGUGGUGGUCAGCGCAGCAGAACUGGUGGAUUAAGUGUACUGUUGGCUGGUCCAGAUGGUCGCGUCUUAGGUGGUGGUGUGGCAGGGCUUCUUACUGCAGCUGCUCCAGUGCAGGUGGUUAUAGGUUGUUUUCUUCCAGGUCAGGAGUUAAAACCACCAAUCCAAGCAGAGCCUUUAGCUGCCGCUCCACCAAGGCUCAACCAUGGAGCAUCAGCCGCUGGAAGCCCAGCAUCUCGCGGGACCCUGAGUGAGUCUUCUGGUGGCGGGCCUGGAAGCCCUCUUAAUCAGAGUACCGGAGCUUACAAUAAUAACAAUGCACAAAGCAUGACUGCGUUCUCUUGGAAAUAGACCAGCGACUGUUCAAAAAGUGGCUUUCGCCCCCUGAACGCAUGAUUCAUCCUAGUGUUACAUAGUUGUGUAACUUAUGGCUGGCCUUUGUGUUAGCAUACUUUGCUACAUUGUUAUGUAGAAACCAAUUUCUUCCUUUCCCCUUCCGGGUGACCCCGAGCUACUACAUAACAGUAGUUAGAUUGUGUUUUUAGAUCAGUUUAGUAAGGUUGAGUUAGUUAUAUAUUUCAAUUGGACAUCGCUUUGUGGUCAUGUCAAUCCUGGAAUUCUAGUGGUUGUUCCCUGUUGUCGAAAUUGUGACUGGUGUUUUGAGUUA